AUGAACAUCAUGCUCACCCUGACCCUGAUAUUACCUCACAUUGAUCUUGACCCUGAACCUGACACUGACUCUAAUCCUGAACAUCAACCUCACCCUCACCUUGACCCUGAACCCUACACGGAACUGGACAUCCACUGUCAACUUGAAUCCAAGUUUCCAUCUUACUUUCACCCUGACACGAGCGGGCGGGGCUCGGCCUGCGGGGGCGGGAGCGCAGCGGAGGCGUAUCCCGACCCAGCCAGCCACGGGGCGGGCGCUGUGGAGCCGCAGAUGGGUUUGCACGAGCUGCUGCACGUCUUCUCCUUCUUGGAGGACAUGCUCUGCGUCGCCCAGGUGGACACGGUCUGGAAUGAGGCUUCAAGGACCAAGGAACGGUGGAGGCAGCUGUGUCUGAGACGCUGGUCCUCCUGUAAAGCCUCCCAGAUGACCCUGGGCACACAGACAUGGAAACAGUACUAUCUCUGACGAUCCGAGCUGGAGUUCCAAAUGGAAUCUGGGUGGCCAGAGAAGGACUUUAUCUGCAAAGCCAUUGCUGGGCACAAAGGAGAGAUAGAUGAGCUGGCCUACAUCUCAACCAAAGAGUACUGGUUUGAUGGGUGGGAGAAGUCCAUGGUGUGCACCAUGUUGUCAGAUGACACCGUGUGUGCCUGGGAUCUGCAAGAAGGCAUGGGCCUUUGGCACAGAGCUCUGUCGAGCCCUCUACAGCCUGCAGCUCUGGUGAAUUUGGUGACUUACCCUCGGCUGCAACUUGUUGUCACCGUGGACGAGCGGGGACUGAUCAAAGCAUGGAAAGCAGAGAAAUUUCCGUAA